CGGGUGGCGGGUUCGUCCUCCUCUCCGUUGGCGUACAGAGAGCUGACUGAUACUGAUGUGUUCAGGUGGUUCAGUAUGUUGUGUUGAUGGUGUGUUUGUAGUGAACUCCUGAAGUUGGAUGAAUACUGAAUGUUGGAUGUGGGUCCUGUUGUUUGUGGCUGUGGCUGUUGUGGUGGGCUCCCACUGUGGAGCUCAGUCUCUGUGCCAUAAACACACUGUGCCUUUUGUUGUAGAGACCCUGAGGAGUGAGAUAAAGUGCUGCUUCCAUUCACCGCUCUCUCUCUCUCACACUGUUAUCUUCCUGAUCUGAUUCAUGUCCACAGUCAAACCUCUAAAUCUCCGUUCAGCUGUUCACUCAACAAAGAUCACCAUAAUUCGAUGGAAUGAUCAGUUUCUUAAUUAAUCAAUAGCUUCAGCCCAACUGAAACCCAAGUUUUACUCAAAGUGGAGCGCAGUGAUCAGAGCCGGGUCAGAGGGUGUGUAGCCCUGCAGCGUGUGUCAGCUCUGAUUCUUCAUUAAUCAAGCCUUACUCAGAGAGUCGGCCCUCGCAGUGCCUUUGAGCAGGGCAGCAGCAGAGUCCUGCUCUCAUCUCUCUCUCUCUCUCUGUCUGUUUCUCCCGCUCUCGCCCGCCGUUCCUCUCCCCUGGUUACCGCUGAUGAAAGGUCUCUCACCAUGGCGAUGGUCUCCACGGCGUUUGAUAGAUUAGUUAUGUAACAGGUCAGCCGAUGGUAAUGAGGCUCAUUUGCAUGGCUGACUGUCUCACUGUAAACUGUUUAAUGUCGACCUUCUCAGGAGAGACUGUGUCUGUCUGUCUGUCUGUCUGUCUGUCUGUCUGUCUGUCUGUCUGUCUGUCUGUCUGUCUGUCUGUCUGUGUGUGUGUGUGUGUGUGUGUGUGUGUGUGUGUGUGUGUGUCUCUAAUCACUGCACACUGUAACCAGCAGCAGUCUCUGGACAGGUUGAUGUCACACACUAACAGACACAGGGUCAAACACGUCCUGCAGAACCUGCAGACUUAAAGACUGGAACAGGAUUAAAAUGUCUGUGUGUCCCCUCAGCUAUGGACCCGUCCAUCACGCUGUGGCAGUUCCUGCUACACCUGCUGGAGGACCAGCGGCAGCGUCACCUGAUCUCGUGGACGGGUGAGGACGGAGAGUUCAAGCUGCUGGACGCCGAGGAGGUCGCACGACUGUGGGGGCUCCGCAAGAACAAACACAACAUGAACUACGACAAACUGAGCCGAGCACUGCGGUACUACUACGACAAGAACAUCAUAAAGAAGGUGAGCGGUCAGAAGUUUGUCUACAAGUUUGUCAGCCAGCCCGACCCCUCCCUCCCCGAGGGCGUACGCAACGGCGAGGACGCCCAGAGGAGGGACGCCGCCGACCCCAACAGCCAAUCAAAAACCCUCGGGGGCGUGACCUCAACCUGUCCGUCGAAGGGCUUACCCCAGCGCUCGUCACCCAGCAGCUCCCAGAAGAGCUCUCGUAACGACUACAUGAAGUCCGGCCUCUACUCCACCUUCACCAUCCAAUCACUGCAGGCCUCGCCCAACCCUCGGCCAAUCAAAACAGAGCUGCUGCUGCAACAGGACCCCGCCCCCCAAGGUGACCACACGCCCAGAGAGGUCUGUGUAUUAUCAGAGUCCGCUCCUUCAGUAGGUGGCGCUGUUGACUCCGCCCUCCAGGUGAUUGUCACUCAGGCGUCUCCGUGUCCGACUCCGACUCUCAGUCCACAGAUAUCAGCCAGCCAAUCACAGAAUCCUCCUCUGACCGACCCUCCUCAGAUUUAUCUGACCAGCGUCGGGGACCCAUCGUCUCUCACCCCCCUCCUCCCCCUGGGUCCCGGGGGGUCGGUGAGUCCCGUCCCUCCCCCCCACGUGUCGAUGGGCCCCCAGGGGCCGCAGCAGGACGACUGCGGGGGAGUCGGCAACCCGUCCGGUUUCCCCCCUCACUCCCACACUGCUCCUCACCCGACUCACCCACCUGUCUUCGUCAUCAUCAACCCCCCUCCCCCCCAGCAGCAGGCGGCAGCGGCUCCUCCCACUGUCGCUGCUCCUGCCUCUGUUCCUCCCCCCGCCCGUCCUCCUCCUCCCCCCAUCGUCAUCAAGGAGGAGAACCCGCCGUCGGAGGAGGAGCUGCUGCGGAUGGUGUCUAUGGAGGACAAACAGGUGGAGGAGGUUCCUCAGCUCGUCUGCGGCUCGAGGCAGCCAGAGCCCCCCCUCACCAUCAGGGAGAGCCCGCCCCCUCCCUGCAUGGAGCCUGGGGUCGGAGGUCAGCAGCCUGCAGGGGAGGGGGGCGCAGUGGGCGAGGGCAAGGACACAUCAACAGAUCCCUCCCUCCCUCCUGUGAUAUCCUCCUCAGCAGUGACCCCAACGGUGACCUCGACCUCGGAGUCCGUUCCUCCCAAACCAAAGAAGCCGCGGGGCCUCGAGCUGCCGUCCUCCCCCUCCCUCCCCCCUGGCCUCUCCCUGGAUAAGGUGAACGCGGCCGUUAACAGUUUAUUGGCUCCUGGAUCAGCGACCAACACGCUCACACCGACUGUCAUCACCUCCCACGCUCUGACUCCGGUCCUGCUGACUCCCAGUCCUCUUCCCUCCACCAUCCAUUUCUGGAGCACGCUCAGUCCCAUCGCUCCUCGCUCCCCGGCCAAGCUCUCCUUCCAGUUUCCCACUAACGGCAGUAAUCAGAUCCACAUCCCGGCUCUGAGUGUCGAUGGUCUCUCCACCCCCGUGGUCCUCUCCCCCGGCCCCCAGAAACCCUGAGUUCCCCACAGAGCUCCCCACUAGGCACAGGAUCUCCUCCUGGAGGGUCGGAGGGAUCUGGACUGAUUCUUUCCACUAAAACCAGAAACUGGUAGGACUGGGAGAUCUGCUGGUUUAUGGGGACCUUUCACAAGUGGAUUUAAAACCAGAUCUGGAAACGCCGCCAGACGCCUCUGAUAUUUUUAACGUGCGGGUGGAUGUCUGGGCUUAAUCCUCCUGAAACGCCUCCCCUCAUUUCUUUCCGAGCUCUUGUAGCGGCACCUGAACGCAUCGACGUGGAGGGAUGAGUGUUGUUCUACUGAAGGCUGCGACUUUCGUCCGAGCAGCAGGUUCAGAUUAUAUUAGUGAGAUCAGACGUUUAAGUUUCACUGAUUCACUACGGACGGACGGGUUGAAGUCAGACGUCAAACAGGAAACAGGACGUUUUAAAGACAUUUUUGGGCUUUUUGCUCUUUAUCAUCAGUCAUUUUCUAUGGUGGUUAUUUAUUUCCUGUUUUGGGUGCGACGUUGGUUCUUUACUUUGAUUCUGCUGUCGGCUCCUGACUGUCCUGGGACCAGCUUUUAUCACCAGUUGAACAUUUUAUAAACUGCUGGAUUCCUUCAGAAAAGACUUUUGGGUCCAUUUAAGGGUCGUUGCUUCGCUCUUAUUGGCCGCCGCCUUUCUCCAGUUAUGCAUGGAUCUUUUUGAAGCGACCAGUCACAGAGGAGGGUUGACGAUGCUGCUGCAGGCCCUCGUUGGGAGUUUUUACACAGCCAAGUUCUUUCUCUAUAAAAGUCUCUUUAUGUGACAGAUUGUAUAUUUUCUAGAAGAGUGUGAAGACGUUUUACAUCCGAAGUGAACUGCAGGAGAACAGAGGAGUGUUUGUAUUGGGACCUGCUCACAUUCCUUUAAAGGGUCCAUGGUUUAUUUAACUGAUGAAGAGCCGGCUGUGGUUUACACUUUGUUUAACUGAUGAAGAGCCGGCUGUGGUUUACACUUUGUUUAACUGAUGAAGAGCCGGCUGUGGUUUACAGUUUGCUGUUCAUUGCAGACGUUGAGCCGCUUCAAUCGAUGAAUGUUUUAUUCCUGAAAGCCUCGGAUUCACGGUGUCGUAAAUCUGCACAGAUGUUGCCACAAGUUUUCAGUUUUGUUGUGGAGACUUUUAAUGCUCCGCAGAGUGGGGGGGGGGAUUAACGUUAGCGUUAGGGUUAGGUUAGAGGUGUUCCCACCAAUCGCAGUACAAAUAUUGGCUUCGUGCUGGUUUACUCGCGGGGUCGUUGGUGUUUGAGCACAAACAGAUGUUUGUGUGAUUUAAUGUCAAUAAACGGAUCCAGAUGAUGCUGAAAUAACGACAUCAUGAUGGCGAAUUGUACAAACUCUGAAUUCAGACUCUGUCAGUCCGUCUGCAGGAAGACAAGCUAACUUUUAAAAUGCUUGUUUUCUGAAUGGAGUUUGGUUGAUCCGGGCUAUGCUAACAUAGCUCAUAGUAAAGUAAAAACGCUCAGUUGACGUCUUUGCAUUGACUUUAAAUGAAUCUAGUCACACCAAUAAUCUUAUCCCGCUCUGGGGAACGCAGCGUUACUGUUGUCUGAGGGAUUGUUCACAUCGUGGUCUGAAGAACUGGUUCCCAACCCGGGGCUCAGGACCCAACUAGGGGUCAACAAACCUUCACAAGAGGGUCGCAGGGCCUUCUUGAUUUUAAGGUGUGUAAAAGAACUGAAUAUGUACAAUAGGCUGAUUUCUCAGUUUACACAAUGCAGAGAGAGAAUCUGGAAAACUCAUCUCUGGUCAAUAUUCACAGGAAAUAAGUCUUAAUUUCCACAUUACUCACCGAUAUUAAAGGGAAAGGUCCGGACUGCUGAUGUGAACACAGACGGAGUUUAUUGUGAAGUUUUUAGGAAACUUGUGGCGACAUUAAAAUCAGCAGAAACACAAACGCUGCAGUUUUUCUACUAAAGUCUGUGGACGCGCUGCGCUUCUUCUGAAAAAGACUGUUGUUGCCUUGUUGUUGUUGUUGUUGUUGUUUCUGAUGCUAGCUGAGCUCUGUGGUUGCCACGGUAACCCGACUCUCCCCCGACUGUUGCUGCCUGUUGUUGCUCUUAUUGUUGCUGCGGAGCCGAAGCUCCUCGUGAUGACGUGUUUCUACGCUUCUGUGUGUGACGACGAGGCUGCUGACUCACUUCCUGGCGGCGUGGUCACUUCCUGGCGGCGUGGUCACUUCCUGGCGGUGUGAUUUCCCAGCCUCAGUGGUGACGUAAA